UCGGCGCAUUCUACGACUACGAUAGUAAGGGUUCGACUGGCGGAAAGCGGCUCUCGGCGCAGUUUGCAGUUGGACGCGGGGGUGAACCAUCGCCCCCGCGUCUGGUGAACUCGUGAAUGGAUGAAUUGUCUCGUGAAUUACUGCACUGCACUUCAGUUCAGAGCCAGCGCACGCGAUGUGUUUGCCGCCGCCUGCCGCCCUGGCCGCCGGCGUAGCGUCGCCACGCCGACCGGCCGCACCGGCAGCGCUAUCAGCCGCCGCUGGCGCCGCUCCUCGCGAGCGGCGUGCAGAGUGCGCGCGGGAGUUGUGCUCAGGCCAGCGCACGCGAUGUGUUUGCCGCCGCCAGCCGCCCUGGCCGUCGGCGUAGCGUCGCCACGCCGACCGGCCGCACCGGCAGCGCUAUCAGCCGCCGCUGGCGCCGCUCCUCGCGAGCGGCGUGCAGAGGGCGCGCUGGAGUUGUGCUCAGGCCAGCGCACGCGAUGUGUUUGCCGCCGCCAGCCGCCCUGGCCGUCGGCGUAGCGUCGCCACGCCGACCGGCCGCACCGGCAGCGCUAUCAGCCGCCGCUGGCGCCGCUCCUCGCGAGCGGCGUGCAGAGUGCGCGCGGGAGUUGUGCUCAGAUUGAUACACAAAACGCAGAACAUGAUGACGUCAAUCUAUUAGUCGUAACAAUUAAAAUGCUCCUAUAUCACAUUAUGUUAAAAAGUUUUAACACAUAAAUGUUAAUUACCAAUUUUCUACUAUAUAUAUAAAUAUGGAUAAUUAAUGUAUAAUUAAUAAUAAAUUAUACAUAUAAUACGUAAUAUAUGUGUCACAGUAAAAUUGUAAACACCGUUAAGGAUUUACAUUUGUCUGACGUGUCGUGUCAAAAUGUAUGAUACCGAUUCUGUUCUGAUGCGUCACGACACGACACGUCAGACAAAUAUAAAUCCGGCUAUUAACUAUCUCGCGAGAUUGAACUGUCGAAGGAUCGUGAAUUCCAACCAUCUCCUAAGAACCUGAACUUGAGUGGCUCAGAAACCAAUGGUUAGGUUAGGUUACUUAGUAUUUUUUUUAUUUGUAAACGUACAGUUAAAAAAAUCCUUCUCCAAUCUCGCGAUAUAGAUUAUAAUGUAAGGGUAUUUACAAUUUGACAGUGACAUAUAUGUUACGUAUUAUAUGUUUAACUAACGGACGCCCGCGACUUCGUCCGCGUGAAAGUCGUUGUAAACUUUCAACUACCCCUAUCCUACCCUACCCUAACCUACCUCUACCCUACCCCUACCCUACCCUAUCCCAACCCUACCCCUACUCUACCACUACCCUACCCCUACCCUACCCUACCCCUGCCCUACCCCUACCCUACACUACCCAUACCCUACCCCUACCCUACUCUACCCUAAAAGUAUACUAUAACCUGCCCAGGAGUAUGUAGAAUAAUUGUACCAAGUUUCGUUUAAAUCCGUCCAGUAGUUUUUGUUUCUAUAAAGAACAUACAGACAGACAGACAGACAGACAAAAAUUUUACUGAUUGCAUUUUUGGCAUCAGUAUCGAUCACUAAUCACCCCCUGAUAGUUAUUUUGGAAAUAUAUUUCAUGUACAGAAUUGACCUCUCUACAGAUUUAUUAUAAGUAUAGAUUAAUUUUUACUUAUACAUUUAUUAUCCAUAUUUAUAUUUACUGGCGGACAAUUUGCAUGAUACGAGUAUAACUGAAGUGUGUCUAUUAUUUCAUCAGCCAGUUACAUAAAUAUCAGAUAUGUUAUAAGCAAUGAUAAUAUAAAUAUCGUUGGUUAUAUUAGGUACGGCCAUAUCAAGAGGUUUAGCAAAAUAGUUUUAAUUCUUUUUUAUAUUUAAGGGCGUGGACGCAGACAAUUUGUAUGAUACGAGUGUGUGUGUGUUUCUAAUAAAGUGCGUCUAUUACAUAAUCAGCCAGUUACACAAAUAUCAGAUAUGUUAUAAGCAAUGAUAAAAAUAAAUAUCGUUGGUUAUAUUAGAGGCGUGGACGCAGACAAUUUGUAUGAUACGAGUGUGUGUGUGUUUCUAAUAAAGUGUGUUUAAACUAAUAUUUUAUCAGCCAGCUACACAAAUAUCCGUUAUGUUAUAUAAUAUAAGCAAUGAUAAUAAUAUAAAUAUCGUUGGUUAUACUAGGUACUGCCAUAUCAAGAGGUUUAGCAAAAUAGUUUUAAUUCUUUUUUAUAUUUAGGGGCGUGGACGCAGACAAUUUGUAUGUUACGAGUGUGUGUGUGUUUCUAAUAAAGUGUGUUUAAACUAAUAUUUUAUCAGCCAGCUACACAAAUAUCCGUUAUGUUAUAUAUAAGCAAUGAUAAUAUAUCAUGAUAUAUAAUGAUAAUAUCGUUGGUUAUACUAGGUACUGCCAUAUCUGGAGGUUUAGUAAAAUAGAUUUAAUUUUUUUUUAUAUUUACUCGUGCGUGGAUUUUACUUGGGAGUGGACUUUCCUUGUGCGUGGACGUUACUCGGGCGUGGACGCAGUCACUUUUGUUGUUUGUUUGGUUAAACUAUACUACAAGCUGGGAAGUGAUUGAUAGAUUUAUAUUCCUGUGACUUCUUCAUUUGGUGGUGGUUUGUGAUUGUGUAAAAGUUGUCAUUGAUGAAUGAUUAUGAUUGAUAUUUCACAUCCAUGAUUUGAUAUUGUUGGUUCAUUUGGAUGCUAAGAAAUGCAUUAAAUAUUUCAAUCGAGAACGGGGAAAAGGGACAGGAACAAUAUCAUAAGGUUUUGUGUUGCAUAGUUACUAUGCAUAUAUUUUGUAUUUUUUUUUUAUUAUAAGGUUCUGCGAAAAGAUGUAUUUGCCCAUCAAUCGUAUAUUUUUAGAUUAAAGUAGUUUUAAUUUUACUUUAUGUUAUAUUUGUAGUUCGAUCGCAUCUCUUAUAAAUUGCAACGGAUUACUUUUUUGCCUGAAAAAUUUAAUCAGGUUAUCUUUUGUUAUACUUAUUUUAGGUCGUAAGUGCUUUUCGCAAUGCAAUCAUUGCAUUUUAUGAUAUAAACAGCGAUAAUUUAAAUAUCGAUUGUUGUAAACUUAUUAGUUAUAGCUAAAAAAAAAUAAAAAACAAAAAAAAAAAAAAACUUUUUACUGUUGGCUCAUUUGGAUGCUAUGAAACAGGAAUGUAGAAUAAGUUUUUGUGUUACUCAUUGCUACUACUACAAUAUUUUUGGGUUUUGUAUUAGGUUAGUUUUUGUUAUACUUAUAUUAGACCGUAAGUUUUUUUUUGGAUUUUUCUGAUACACCGCUCUUUGCUCUCACAUAUUUUUCAUACCGUUAUACUUAUUUUAGGUCAUUUUAGGUCGUAAGUGCUUUUCGCAAUGCAAUCAUUGCAUUUUAUGAUAUAAACAACGAUAAUUUAAAUAUCGAUUGUUGUAAACUUAUUAGUUAUAGCUAAAAAAAAAAAAUAAAAAACAAAAAAAAAAAAAAAACUUUUUACUGUUGGCUCAUUUGGAUGCUAUGAAACAGGAAUGUAGAAUAAGUUUUUGUGUUACUCAUUGCUACUACUACAAUAUUUUUGGGUUUUGUAUUAGGUUAGUUUUUGUUAUACUUAUAUUAGACCGUAAGUUCUUUUUGGAUUUUUCUGAUACACCGCUCGUUGCUUUCACAUAUUUUUCAUACCGCCAAUAAACUGUUUCUAGAUUCAA